AUGCCUUGCUGCAAUAAUCCUUGUGAACAAAUUGUGCAGCAGCCUUGUCCUGUGUGUCCACAAAAUCCUGAACCUAUAACGGAUAUCUGCAGCCAGAUUCGAUGUCCUCCAGGUUACCAAUGUGAAAGAGGUUUAUGCAAACCAAUAGAUCAAAUUAUGCAACCUUGUCCUGUGUGUCCUCAAAAUCCUGAGCCUAUAACAGAUAUUUGCAGCCAGAUUCGAUGUCCUCCUGGUUACCAAUGUCAAAGAGGUGUAUGCAAACCAAUAGAUCUAAUUAUGCAACCUUGUCCUGUGUGUCCUCAAAAUCCUGAGCCUAUAACAGAUAUUUGCAGCCAGAUUCGAUGUCCUCCAGGUUACCAAUGUCAGAGGGGUGCCUGCAAACCAAUAGAUCCUUGUACCACCAUAGAUUGUCCCGAUGGCCAAGAAUGCAGAUUGGGAAAAUGUGUCGAUGUCGAUCUUUGUGAAGGUGUAAUUUGUCCAAGUGAUCAAACUUGUUAUCUGGGACAAUGCACUUUUUGUGAGCCUCCUCACCAAUGCAAUUCUUGUACAAAUAUAAAAUGUCCGAAGGACUAUUUUUGUUCUUUUGGUAAAUGCGUUCCUGAAGAUUCUUGCAGACAUGUUAUUUGUCCCAAGGGACAUCGGUGUGUUGAUGGCCAUUGCAGUGCUCUUUAA